AUGUAUCGGCAGAUCCUAGUGCAUCCGGACGAUCGAAGCCUGCAGCGAAUCCUGUGGAGAGACGACUCUAAGAACGACGUCCAGGAGUUCUGGCUAUGCACGGUCACUUACGGGCUCUCAUGCGCCCCGUAUCUGGCCAUCCGUACCUUACGCCAACUCGCCGAGGACGAAGAGCAUCGCUUUCCGAAAGGCGCCGACAUCCUGCGGAGCGAUGUCUACAUGGAUGACAUCCUGUCCGGUGCCGAGAAUCAAGAGGAAGCAGAAUCUAUGGUGAGGCAGCUGACAAAUAUAUGCACGGCGGGCGGGUUCACACUAAAAAAGUGGUCUACAAACGCCUCCUACCUGCUGAGCCUCGUGGAACCGGACGCGCGCCUGCAACAAGAGGCCAGAUGGUGGCUGCCCGGCGAGAGUCAUUCCACUCUCGGCCUUCGAUGGCAACCGUGCGACGACCGCUUCGCCUUCGCCACCCACCGGAUCACUCUCUCAGCGGUCACCAAAAGGUCGGUCCUUUCUUUGACGGCCAAAUUAUUCGAUCCACUCGGCUGGCUGUCUCCAACGACUGUGCUGGCCAAAAUCAACAUCCAGGCUACCUGGCUACUAGGUCUCGACUGGGACGCGUCUCUGCCAAGCGAGGAAGCCAGAAAAUGGCUGCGAUUCCAGGAGGAGCUAGCGGCAUUGGAGAAACUAGUCGUGCCUUGUUGGUUAGGAGCCCUAGCUGACUCCCAUCAAGAGGUUCACGGAUUUGCCGAUGCCUCCGAACAAAAGGCGCCUCUCCAUCUGUGGUCGGAUUCCACCGUGACUCUCGGCUGGAUCCGGGGCCACCCUUCGUCCUGGGUCACUUACGUCGCUAAUCGGGUGAGUGAGAUCCAGACGCUGACUCCGGACGCCCACUGGCACCACGUCCCCGGCCGAGAGAAUCCCGCGGACUGCGCGUCACGAGGACUCUACCCCAGCGAGCUUGUGGACCAUUCACUAUGGUGGCAAGGUCCGUCGUGGCUGUCCUCCGAGAGCCAACCGUGGACGAUCAACUGCGAGGAGCCACCAGAGGAUGACCUCCCAGAGAGGCGCGUCCGCGCCCACGUCGCCGCCAUCGCCGAACAAAGGACUGAGCCGGAGAUGCUUCUUCGAUACUCGUCGCUACAACGCCUGCUCCGGAUCACUGCGUGGUGCCGUCGCUGGCUGCGGAUCCAUCGUCAGGACCACCUCGCGCAUGGCCAGCCCGGCUUGAACAGCGCCGACGAGAUCGAGGACUCCCGGAUCUCCUGGUUAAAAAUCAUCCAGGCUGAAACAUACAAAGAAGAACUGAGACACCUGAAGAAUGGAAAGCCUCUGCCGACUCGAAGCUCCCUACUGAAGCUAAGUCCUUUCUGGACAGUGAGGGACUCCUACGCGUCGGCGGGCGCCUUAAACACGCUGCACUGCAGUAUGAUGCCACGCAUCCAACCAUACUACCAAGCAGAUCUAAUUUUACUUGCCUCAUCAUCGACGACUACCACAAGCGGACGCUGCACGGCGGCACCCAGUUGA